AUGGAAAAAUUGGGGGAAGGCAGAUGUGAAUCCGGUUACCAUGAGUAUGACAGCACCGACGCAUCGUGUCGCCUAUCGCUUGUGAAAGGUCAAUGCCAUCUUCAGUCCCACAAAGAAGGAGAUGGAAAUGCCGAAAGCGAGCAGGAGAGAUCGCUGUCCGUUCUUUCUCAACCGCAUAGCAUGUCUCGUUUUGGAUCUGCUUCGAACGACGACUGCCAUCAUUCACGUCGAGACGAAGAACGAGAAGACGAGCGCUUAGCAAAUGAACAACAGAAAGGGAGAGCUAGAGAUGCCUGUCUUUUUCCUGACGUGCUUGAAUGCGACCGUCCUUUGUCUGCAUUAGAACAGGGCUUCCGCCUGUCAGGCCGAGAGGCGGAACGGGAAGAGAUAAAUUCGGUAGCGGAAGUACGCGCGAAAAAGGCAUUGAGUCCCUUCUAUCAAGGACUUGGGUCUUCGCCAGACUGUCAGCGAGAACGAGAACAUGGUGGUUUUGUCUCCGUUUCACAGCAAGAUGGAGAUGCUGCACCCUACUGUGAGGCUGGGGUCUGGUCGUCUCAGUUUCAGGAGAAGGGAGAAGAGAUGGAACACGAUGCAGACGAAGGGAAAGAAAGAGAUAAGGAAGAAACUAGCAGGGACGAAGGAGAGGAAGGGACGACAGACCGUAGAUGUGUAGCCCAAACGCGCACAACGAGUAAGAGUGACGGCCAGCAGACGGAGAGAACAGGAGAGGCGUGGACGAGGUGCAAAACGGACGCCGCAGACGAGGCCAUUUCGACGCGCAGAAGCGACCGAUAUGCAGAUCAAGUUGGGCGACAAAUGACGAAAGAGGAGAAGGAGACUCAAAAUAAGGAAAGGCCAGGAGCAGACGUAGAGCAGGGCUCGACAGGCACGAGGACGCGGGACGAGUCGAGAGAGUACAAGGAAGGAGAAAAUUGGCACAGCACAAUUACAGAAGAAGGCAACAGUGCGCAAGAGCAAAAGGUACGAACGAGCAAGGACAAAGAAACGAAACGCGGCAACAACGAAACGGACAGACCGGCACGCGGGAGGGAAGCACGGCUUUCAAAGGGUGCGCACGUUACUUGCCGCAGGGAAGGACACAUGGGAACGAGCACUCGAGAAACUCGAACAGGCGGGGAAGGGGGAGCUCCGGCGUUCGUUGCCGCAGGCAAUGCUGUACAGGUGAAUUACAGCGGCACCUCACGCCACGAACAAAGAAAACUACAGGAAUCACGGGAAGAUGAAACCGACGGCGAGGCAGACAACGAAGCAAAAAGAGAAGGAAGUGGGCAAGGGAGACGAGAACAACCAGAUACAGAACGGGAAGAUGGACAAAGCGGUGGUCGAGUCCAGAGAAAGAAAAGGGACGGAAUUGAGGGAGGACGAACGGAAAACGUGUGCUUAACGACGAGAAGCGGGUCUCGAUUGCAGCUGUCUCGUCCUCGGAAAACUGGAUCGAGAAUUCAUGAUAUCUACAGCGCGAUUUCCUCUGCAGGGCGUGGCGAGCUUCCUCCUCCGUCACGUCAGGCGUUUUCGCGAGACUUAGGAGGCGCUCCAAUUCACUGUAGUUCUCUCUUUCGAUCCUGUGCAGGCGGAGAUCGCAAAACAGACAAAGAAUGGGGACCGGUGCCCCUCCUUCGACUUCGACGGUUUCGAUGCUUGCCACAUUUGUCUUGCCUUCAUAGACAGGCCAAAAAAGGCGAGGUGCGAUUUCGACGGAGCGAAACAGGAAUAGGAGGACCGGGUUCUCUGCCUCUAUCGACUGCUUCGUGUUUCGCCAAUCAUCAAGCUUCGGCGGAUGCCUCUUCGUUUACAUGCCUCCCACCGGCGUUUUCUUCUGCCAGUCCGUCGCAACUGCCUGAACAUAGAUCGACGACCAUCGGGAGAGAAGAAAGGCGUCUCGGGGCGCCGUCUUGCGUGCUUGCAGGGAGCAGCGGCGAAGCCAAACUGGGCUCAUGUUUCCUUUUUCUGUCUUCCGGUUCGCAGGAAAAGGCCCGCGAGUCGUGGCGAUGUGACAGCGGGAAGCUCACGAACCCAGUGGGUGUUUCACCUCUAUCCUCUGUGCCGAAUGCAGCUAGUUAUGGCACGUCAAAAGAAGGAGUGACGAAGCUUAGCGAAAAAGAAGAAGAGGGAGGUGAUGACCGCAAAACAGAAAAAGGAGUUAAAUUAAGGGGAUUGAGUGAACAUGCCGGUAGCCAGCAGAGGACAUUGCCAGCCUCGCGUGGCGGCCUCAAUAUGGGAGCUCCUGCGUUAGCGUCUGACCGACAACAAAGAGAAGCUGAAAUUGCCUGUUUGGUGGCUGCUAAGCAGCAAGCCGUUGAGCAGCGGCAAAACCUCACCCCGUCGACUCGCAUGAUGCUGCAAACUGCGGCCGGAGAGGCUGUGUCUUCGUCUCUUGAUUCUUCGUCCUUUGGGUUCCCUUUUUCAGCUAAUCUUACACCUGCUGACGCCCCUGUCCUUCCGCGCACAAAUCGGGAUGUCGAAGAAAACUCUGAAGCUUUGCUUUGUCGCCGUAACAGUCUCCCGAACGAAAGCGGGAAUUCCAAGGCCCCUGCGCGUGUGCCUUGUCCUGUUGGCGUCCGUACGCGAGCCGCAGCAGUAGGCGGAGAAUACAGGAACGGCGAACGGGGCCCCACCGAAAAGGAGGGCACCCCGGCGAUGAACGCGAAGGUGACAGUUGGAUCCAUUCACUCGGACUGCGUGCCACAGAGUCGCGACGUCCUUAUUGACUGUGCUAUAGUGUCGACAGAAGAAAGGGCACGGUCGGCCGGUGAGACGUGGACAACCGUGGCGAGUCGACGAGAGAGAAGAACGCUAACGAUAGGUUCUCCCGCAUUUUCACCGGACGAAAAUGAGCAGCCUGAUGACGACAGAGACGUUCUGUUAGAUUUGCUACACUUCACCUCGAAACGGCGGUUUCUUAUGAACGAAGCAGAAGCGAUUAUCGCAGCGCGAAUGUCGCUCAGAAAGAUGAAGCGGGAGCUUCCGUUUCUGAUGCGAAAAAUCCUAGAAGAACGAAGAACUCAAAACGAAAGAGUCGAAGCAAGGGGGCGUUUUCUAGGGGGGCCAGCCAUGCGGUUCCAGGGGACAGAGGUGAAGGAAGCGCAAAUCACGGAGGUGAGGGCGGUCUACAAGGCAGGCACGCGAGAUUCUCUUUGUGAGACGGCGAGGAAGCCUGAACACGGUGAUGGAUCCUGCUGCCAGUGCGUGUCACCUGCCUAUGGAGAGGCUGGUGAAAGUGAGGGAAUAAAUGAGAGGACGGAGAUAAAAGAAGAAACGCUUUUUUCUCCCCCUCGCUGUCGAUGCUGGCCUGAGAGAGAGGUCGACACGCCUCUGGAGUCGAAUGUGACAGGGCAAGGAGAGGAGGAAGAAAAUACAGUGUUUGACCAAGGCGACUGUCAGACAGCAGUCUCCGUUCCGUCUGAUUCCUCCUCUGCUCCACGUCUUUGUUCUUCUCCUUGGUGUUCUUCUCGUUUGCCAUCUCCGCGCUCCUCUACUUAUUGUUCCUUGCUUUCCCUUGGAGAGAAGGCAAGAAUUCCAAGAAAGGGCAGUUGGCGGCCUGAUCAAGAUGACACUGCAUUAAAUAAGAAGUCAAAGAGAGAGGCUGAACUACACCGAGCAUUCUGCACCCUUCUUGUUGGAUACGGCAAAUGGGAGGCGGCGCACAGCUUGAGCGUGGAUGAAGUUGAAGAAGUCCUAUGCUUUGCCCUCCCGUACCUUUCCAGACCUUUGUGUUUAUUUCCUUCCUUCCUCAAGCGUGGACAGCCACAAAGCGUGUUCGUUGUUUCCCCUCGAAAGACCCUGACGUGGAAUAGGCGUUCGUAUCUGCCAUGUGACCCAUCAUUUGUGUCUUUUCGGUCCAUAUUCAGCUUCCUCAGUGCAAACCUUCCAAAGCCGCUACCGCGUACCGUGACGCCUGCGGAUCUUCAGCUGCCUGCCCUCCUGCCGUCUCUCGUCUCGGUGAGUUUUUGUCUUUUCCAAAAGGCGCUAUUUAAUCCGUGUCGAUUUUCUCCGCAGAUGAAAGAUGGUGAACUCAGAGCAGCAAAGGAGGAAAACGAGGCAGAAACCGUACUUGUGGAGGAACGAAUUCGGUCGACCUGUGCCAUCUUCCGGCAACGGUUCAUCAAGAUGCUCUCUUGGCGUCUAAACUACGAAAACCUACUCAGCCUUCAUGUGAACUUCACCGAUUUUUGCGACCUCUGCAAAUCCAAGAGCCCCGUAUUCACAGCUGCUUGCUUCCAUCUCAUGCGCCAGGAGAGUUCGAAACUCGCUUGGCCAGUUGUCGAGGCUCUCUCUACGUUUGAAGUUCUGUACGCGGGCUGGUAUGUAGCGCAGCGCGUGCUGCACGCAGACGGGGUAUGUCCCCAAAGGCUGUUCUGUCACUCACACCACCGGAGGCCGUCUGCGGCAAAAGGCAGUAUUGUCCACCACCUCCGCCAUUUGGGUUUUCGCUCCCUCACAGUUUGUUGCUGGAACUCGCGAGCUAAAACACGCGAGGUAGCUGCAGGCCAACACGCCCGCAUAGACCUACCUCUAUCGUACAGCAUGUUAAAUUGCAGCAAAGCAGACGCAGCAGAUACCGCAUUAAAACGGUGGCGCUCCGACCGCAUGGGAACCAGGCUAUUCGGGCAUCAAGAUAGAGGAAGGGACAGAGGAACGCGUGUGGCGAAUUCUCACACCGUUCUUCAGUCAAACGGCGCAAGAGGAUUCGAAGCAAGAGGUACAGCCGCUGACGGCGUUACCGGACGAGGCAAUAUGCGGUACGCUCCGCAGGGAGCGAAGGACGAGGCAGUCAGAAAACGAGAAGAGGCUGGAAGCAGCACGACAGCAGACUUCGUAGUGUCUCCAGAGGCAUGCUCGGCGAAACCUACAGAAGAACUGGACACACUCUCCCUGUGUGAAAGUGACAGCAGUCAUUGUGCCGAAAUGUUUCCGUCGGUUCGCGUACGAAGUGGCGACGAACAAGAAAGACCAUCAGGAGAGUGGAAAAGAGACGCGAGCGGACGAGCCGGCCGAUAUGAAGAGGAAGAAGUAAAAGAAACUGCGAAGGGCGAUAAUGCUGGUGACAUGGAGUUGGGUUCGAGAAGACGAAAAGGCGCUGUUGGGAAACUGGAGAUUGGUGGUGUAGACGGAUGUAGCUGUUGUGCAGUUGAGCUUCUGACGAGCUUAGGUGUAGCUGAAUUGCUUUCGUUGCUAGAUCAGAAAAGAUUGAAAGUUUUGGCGGAUGCUGGGUUGGCUGACGAGCGUGAGCGUGAGGGUGGCGAGACUCAAGGAUUUAAUGAUCGGCGCGCCGAGUCAAUUGCUCUCAGUCGGGAACACAACACGGAGUUAGUCAGAAAGGUGGCAGAGUGUGUGGAACACUUGAGGCAAAGCGGCAGCUUUUGCUUGUACCCUCACUCCUCUCAUAGGGACUUCCUGUAA